AUGCAAAUAUCACAGAGUGUAUUAAUCUCUAUUUACAUUAUUACCCUUCAACUAACUAUUACUACAUCUCAUUACUCUUCUCCAUCACCUCCAGCCGCACCAUUCUCCGAAUCCCCUAACAAACCUACCUCUCCUCCCGCCGCCGAAUGGCUCUCCGCCCACGCCACCUACUCCUCCUCCUCCGAUGACACCAGAGACGCAGUCGGCGGCGCAUGCGGCUACGGCGACGCUCUCAGAGACGGUUACGGCACCUCCGCAGCUUCUCUCAGCGAGACUCUCUUUGUGCACGGCCAGAUCUGUGGCGCAUGUUUUGAGCUUCGCUGUUUUGAGGAGGAUGUUCCGUUUGACCGGCGGUGGUGUGUUUCCGGCAGGUCUAUUGUUGUCACCGCUACGAAUUUCUGUGCUCCGAACUAUGGUUUUGACGCGGAGAGUGACGAUGGACAUUGUAAUCCUCCUAAGCAGCAUUUCGUGGUUCCGGUUGAAGCUUACGAGAAGAUUGCGAUUUGGAAAGGGGGGAACAUGCCCGUGGAGUAUCGCAGGAUAAAGUGCACAAGGGAAGGGAGAAUGCGGUUUACAGUUACUGGUUCUGGUAUAUUCAAUUCAGUGCUGAUAAGUAAUGUGGCUGGCAUAGGAGACAUUGUUGGUGUGAAAGUUAAGGGUUCAAAAACUGGUUGGAUUUCUAUGGGUAGGAAUUGGGGUCAAAAUUGGCAUGUAAAUGCAUUGCUACAAAACCAACCUCUUUCAUUUGAGGUCACUAGUAGUGAUGGAGUGACCAUUACAUCUUACAAUGUAGCUCCUAAGAAUUGGACCUUUGGACAAACCUUUGAAGGCAAGCAAUUUGAGUCUUAG